AUGUGUGUAACAGCCCUCCUCAUCGGUGACAUGACUAUUGUGAAUAUCCAGUAUGACGUCUACCCUCCAACCCCUUCAAAAAAUCUAAAAAAACAAUCCAGCACAUCUCCACUACCCUCACCGGAAAUCCUCCUGGGGCGACGCAAAAUCGCGUGUUUUGAUAUCUGUCGAAGAAAAGCCAAGGAUCGUCGUAUAAAGAAGGAAAAGAACCUCACAACAGAACCACGACGUUUGAUCGACUUCUGUGGGCCGCUGAGCUAUAAGAGUAUGGCGAUGACUCCGUCAAGGUAUGACAACACUUCGAAUGCACUGGUUGGUCUGUGUAGUCAGCUUACGAUCGUCGAUAGCUCCGUGCUGCCUCUACUGAGAACGUGCGAGGCGCCUCAUGACUGGCCGCCCAGCAAGGGAAAGAAAGUUGGACAAGUGAUGCCCGCGCUGGCAAUCGUGCUGGUGAUUAUCAUGGCUGUGGUUGUGUUAGCGAUCGUGGCGACUUUGCUGGUGGAGCGGGGGGAGAGGAGGAGGUUGGCGGGGGGUAGGAGGGCAGUUGGAAGGUGGCGGUUUGGUGAUUGGGUGAAGGGUGAUGUUACGUGGAGUAUGGGCGCAUUUUUGGCUGGUCGUAGGGGUGAUCAUAGAUAA